CUGAUAACGGGAGUUAAGCUGAAUUAGAAGACACAAUGUAUUGUAAAACACUUUUGCAGACUGUUUGCCGACAAACUCGUCGAUUAUACCAUAGAUCUGUUGUUCAUAAUGCUAACACACAGACAGUAACAAAAGCCAAGAUUCCAGAUCGCUUUGUCCAAGCUGUCAUUGAUAUAGUUGGCAAUGAUAAUGUAUCUACAACUGAUGCCAUACGGGAACAACAUGGCCAUGAUGAGUCCUAUCAUGAUACCGCACCACCAGACAUUGUGGCCUUUGCUGAGAAUACGGAACAUGUGAGUCGGGUGGCCAAGCUGUGUAAUGAUAAUGAGGUGCCACUCAUCCCCUUUGGUAGUGGCACUGGACUGGAAGGUGGCAUAAAUGCAUUGAAGGGAGGUCUGUGUCUUGACCUGUCUAAGAUGAAGAAAAUAGUAUCUGUCAACGCUGAGGAUUUUGACUGUACUGUGGAGGCAGGGGUGACCAGAGUAACACUAAACAACUACCUAAGGGACACAGGACUCACAUUUCCUAUAGACCCUGGUGCAGAUGCUUCCCUGUGUGGCAUGUGUGCUACCAGUGCCUCAGGUACCAAUGCUGUGAGGUACGGAACCAUGAGGGAAAAUGUCCUUAACAUGGAAGUAGUUCUGCCUGAUGGUCGUAUCAUCUACACUGCUGGUAAAGGAAGGCGCACAAAAAAAACUUCAGCAGGAUAUAAUCUCACAAAUCUAUUUGUUGGAUCUGAAGGCACACUUGGUAUCAUCACCCAGGCAACCAUUCGUCUCCACGGUAUACCAGAGGCUACAAUAUCAGCUGUUUGCUCCUUCAACAAUGUCCAGGAGGCUGUAGACUCCACGGUUCAAAUCCUACAGAUGGGGAUUCCUAUAGCCCGGAUAGAAUUCCUGGAUGAGGUAUCUGUAGAUGCAUGUAAUAGAUACAGCAAGCUGGAUAUGAAGGUGGCACCAUCUCUGUUCUUUGAGUUCACAGGAAGUCCUGAUACACUGGACAAACAGGCUGAGGUUGUCAAGGAAAUCACAACUAUGAAUGGUGGUUCUGAGUUUAAGUGGGCAUCAGAUCCUGACGAGAGAAAUCACCUUUGGAAAGCUAGACAUGACAUCCUGUAUGCCUGUAUGGCCCUCAAACCUGGCAGUAAGCCCUACUCUACAGAUGUUUGUGUUCCUAUAUCCAACUUACCAGAGGUUGUAGUGAGGUCGAAGGAGGCCAUACGUAAGGCUGGGGUCAUUGAUGCGUCCAUGGUCGGCCAUGUUGGUGAUGGCAAUUUUCAUACCUUAUUUUUGUUGGACACUGAAAAUAAGAAGGAAGUAGAACUGGUACAAGGCCUAGCUGAUACCAUAGCAACAAUUGCUAUGGAAUUGGAUGGAACCUGUACAGGAGAACAUGGUAUCGGAAUGGGUAAACGUGGACUUCUUCAGAAAGAGAUCGGAGAAACGGGCAUGGAGGUGAUGAGACAGCUUAAGAGAACAUUUGAUCCAAAAGGAAUCAUGAACCCUGGAAAAGUCUUUUUUGAAUAAGAAAAGAUUAAUUACGAAAGUCUUUUUUGAAUAAGAAAAGAUUAAUUACAAAAGCGAUAUAUUAGACUUGGUACGGAAAACCUUUUAGCUCACCUAAAUGAAAGAAUAGUUAAGUUCAUAUGAUCACUCUCCCUGAACUUUGUUUUCGAUGCCAAAACCUCCAGGUUAAGGUUUGGUGCGAUUAGAGUCUUUCACUAUUUCAGCUAAGUAUUUGGAUAUGAAUUGGUGUUUAUGUCUCUCAGAAGGAGAUAUAGGCAUGUUUGUUCUUUAUCAGUGGAACAUAUUGUUGCGAUAAAGUUCAUGCACAGAUGUUGUAUUUUUGUACUGAUCACACCUAAAUCUACCUACAGAUAUUUGAAGUUCAGGUGUCAAAAAAUGGAAUUCAUAAAGAAAUGUUAACAUAUUAUGACUUUCCUGUCUUUUUAUAGAUAUUAUAUAAAAGAGCAAACUAGACUGCUGUCCAUUAGUGCUGUAAUAAUAUCACAAUAUAUAUUGAAACUAACUGAUAUAAACAUUUUCAGUUUUGAGACAACAGUGAGACAUCACCACAAACUUGUUGUACAGAGUACUACAUAGUUUCAGUUUUUGAGACAGCAAUCAUGAUCUCCUUGUUAUUUUAAACAGUAUUUAUACAUUCAUUUUAAAUCUGAAGUAAAGUUGUAGUCAGGGAAGAUUAUUUUUUUAAGUUUUUUUUUUCAGUUCUUUCUCAUGGUUGGGCAUAUUUAGUGUUGUGGUUCCGAAGAUGAGUAUGAUUACAGAUACAUAACACACAAUGUAUAGUAACGUCCACCAAUUCAUCAGCGAUACACAGGCCAAUUUUUUUUAUUAAUGGUUUUAAAGCAUUGUUUUCAACAUCAGGUGCAAGCCAGCUGAAUAUUUAAUAUUUAUCAACAUUUUAUGAUAAUAAAUGUCACUUGAGAGAUGUUUAGUGAGAAUUCUGAAGUGUAGUGUUUAUCACUAUAAACUUUACCCGGGGUAGGGAAAAAUAUACAGAUUUGUCUCUCCAUAAACAGAAUAUUUUUAUCAUCUCAAUACUAAUAUGAGAUAGACAGUAUUGCAUGUUGAAAUGUAUUCUAUAGAGAAAAUUUUUUGGAAUGGAUUGAAAACAGGGACAGAUGCAGCCUGGAUUCUAGAUGUUUUAUAUCAAGUAAAUAAGAAAUUCACAUGAAGACACAAUCUUAUUUCACUCAGUCUGAACACACACACAUACAAUAAUGUACUAAUGAUUCUACAUGGUACAAAUAUUAGAAAUGAAACUUCUAUGAAUGUUUGUAUUGACACCAAUACAUACCUAUAUAUGUAUAUAUAUACAUAUGUAUGUAUCACUUUGUUUGUUAUAAUACCUGUUGACUGUUUGUGAAAAUUAUGUGAAAAAAUUGCUUGGUGCCAUGAUUGUUAAACCAUGAUAAUUAUAUAAAUUAAGGAGUGUGACCCUGGUGGUCAGAUUGUUGAUAUUGUUAAUACUGGUGAUAUUAAAAGAUAUGUUGCAUUUAAAGGUUGAAGAAUUAUAAAAAAGGGACAUAACUCCUGUAACCUUGGGGUUAAUUUGUACACAAAAUAAAUUUAAGGCACUGAUUUUGAGCUCUAUAAAAAAGGGAAUUUGUGUAUAUGUUUUCAAAGGAAAUUUACUUUGUGUUACGCAGACUAGUGUGUCAAUCAUUUAAGCAUCCCAUCUACUCAUAUUUGUUACAAAUGGCACCAGACUUUGUUAAAGAUGAAGUGAUAUUGUCCAGCUUUUGUGUGGAGUUAAAUUCAUUAGAUUGUGUUUCAUUGCAAUAUUUGGAUUUUAAUUCACUCAAAACAAAUGUUUUAUUUUGCCAUAGAAAUAGCCUUUUCAAGCAGAUUUUCAUAUACAGAGUAAUCAAACGAUGUCAAAAAUAUA